CAAAGUCAGGGAACUGUGGCCGGGUGACUUUGCUUCACCACGUUAGCGGAUCUGCCGCCGCCGCCUCCUCCAUGGAUCCCGGCAUCGGGUAGCCUGCGUCGCGUCGCCGCCGGUAGCAUCGUCCCGCCCCUCGACAUCCACGACACCGCCGCCACCUCUGCUCCGCCCCACCUCCGUCCGUCAGCUCAGGGCAGCUCCUGAUCCCGCGCGCUGCUCCGGCGGCGAGCAUGGCGUUCGCCGGACGGGACCCCGGGCCCUCACGGCCCGCUCUCCUCAUCCUCCUCAACACGCUACCGCUGCUCGUGCUCCUCACCUUCUCCUCCGCCGCGCCCCCGGCGGCGUCGUCUCCCGCGGCUGUGCACAACAACAACUGGGCCGUGCUCGUCUGCACAUCCCGCUUCUGGUUUAAUUAUAGACAUAUGGCCAACACGCUGUCUUUGUACAGGACUGUUAAGAGAUUAGGAAUACCUGACGAGCGGAUAAUACUUAUGUUGGCGGAUGAUAUGGCUUGUAAUCCUCGUAACAAUUAUCCUGCCCAAGUGUUCAACAAUGAGAACCACCAGCUUAAUCUUUAUGGUGACAAUGUUGAGGUUGAUUACCGAGGUUACGAGGUUACAGUUGAAAACUUUUUGCGAGUUUUGACUGGAAGACAUGAGAGUGCUGUACCAAGAUCAAAGCGUCUCUUAAGUGAUGAAGGAAGCCAUAUUCUUUUGUACAUGACUGGGCAUGGUGGGGAUGAAUUUCUAAAGUUCCAAGAUAAUGAAGAACUUCAGAGCCAUGAUUUAGCAGAUGCAGUAAAGCAAAUGAAGGAGAAACAUAGAUUUAAAGAGUUGUUGAUUAUGGUAGAUACCUGCCAGGCUGCUACUCUGUUUUCACAGCUUCAAUCACCUGGCGUUUUGGCCAUUGGUAGCAGCAUGAAAGGGGAAAACUCUUACUCUCACCAUCUUGACUCAGACAUUGGUGUUUCUGUUGUGGAUAGGUUUACCUUCCAUACACUUGCUUUCUUUGAGAAGCUGAAUAUGUAUAGCAAUGCUUCAUUGAACAGUCUUUUCAAUUCAUAUGAUCCUUCCAUGCUGCUGUCUACUGCAUAUUAUCGAAUGGAUCUUUACAAGCGUGCCUUAAACGAGGUCCCAGUGACAAAUUUCUUUGGAUCAGUGAUGAAGACUAUCCACACCGAUUCAGCCUACACAGGCUUCUUAGCUGCACAUAACGCAGAAACCCCCCUUCCUAUCGGAAAUGAUAUACUUGACGAUGUCAUGUUACAGAAUGAGGCUAGUGCAAGAAGAUCAAACAUAGAAGAGACGGAAGAAGCACAAUUAAGGUCGCAUGGAUGGACAGAGGCCCUGCUAGAACAGCUGGAAGGCAAGAAUUCAGAUGUUGUUGUGAUGUAUGGCCUGGGAACUAUGGGCAUACUGUUGGCAAUUUCAACCUGGCUAUCAAUGUAGGAAGGAACUCCGAAGUAUGCUGUUAACACAUCUUGCAGAAAAACUUGGCCAUUCUAACUCCGACAGAAUGGGAUAAAAAAGAGUGUAAAUAAGGGAGAUACUUUGGAGCUCUGACAUUUUUUAUUUUGUACCUUAUCUUAGUAUCCAGUCAGUUUUUUUUAAUAUAAUUGAUGUGCGUAGUUUUUGUAUGGUAUGCUCUGCUUUUUUUUGGAUACGUAGGAAACUAUAUUGGUGGACAUAUUUGUGCAUCUGUUGUUACAGUUCUCUGGAUCACAUAUCACAUAUGUCAGAUUAUUUCGUCA